CUGAGACCAACGCACGCAGACAGCUGCUCCUCAAAAGAAUGUAGGACCAUGGAGGUAUCCCUCGGCACAACACUGGUUCUAUUUACCUGUUUUUCCUAACUUGAAGAUGUGAACACACGUAUUGAACAUCACAACUUCCCAACAUGGAUCUAUAAUGCGUGCAUUUACACGCGAAGCAACUCGUCGGACCAGCGGAGUUUUCUUUGGUCAAAGUGGAUUUACACUCCGUAAACAGACAGUUCAGAAGACCGGCAGAGACAACAGACAACAUGUCCACCACUAACAUGAGUCCACCCUGCAGGCAGGAGAAAAGAGGCAGUUUCUUCAAGCUGAUCGACUCAUUUGCUGUGGAAAUCGUCACGUUGAAGAAGGAAAUGGGGAAGAAGACUGAGCCUGCGGAAGGAGACCCACAGACAGAUACACUGCUUGGACUUGGUGAAGAGGUGCGAAGUCUCUUCCUACAGACUUCCCCCUGCACCGGGAUCAGAACCGGGCUGGCUGGAGCAAGAGAUUCGGGCUACGAUUCCCUCCAUCGGAGGCUCACUGUUCUGGACAGACUGGUUCAGACACACACUGUGUGGCUGCAGCUGGCCCUCAGCCACCAGGAGGCCACAACUAUACUGCAGAGCCAACCAGCUGGGUCAUUCGUGGUGAGGAAGUCGACCAGCCUGCAGAGGAAAGUAAUAUCCCUACGCAUGAACAAAGACUCUGCCGUCACCGUCAAAUACUUCCCUGUGAAGGAGAGCCAGUACACGUUCUCUCUGGUGGGGUCCAGCCUAAGGUUUGCAGACCUUUUCCGUCUGGUGGCGUUCUGCUGCAUCAGCAGGGAUGUGUUGCCCUUCACUCUGAAGCUCCCAGAAGUCAUCUAUUCAGCCAAAACAUCUGCUGAUCUGGAGGAGGUUGCUAAACUUGGACCAGGCUUCUGGGAUUCUCCUUUGUGCCACAGGAGUAAGGACUCAGUCUUAUUGUCAGCUGCCCCCUCUUCCCAGACACCGGUCUCCUUGGUGACCACCCCAGGGCGCCCUCGACUUCUAACUCGCACCCCUUCAGAGCUCGAUUGUUGCCAGUCCAACGGAGCACUUUGCUUUAUCAACCCCCUCUUCAUCAAGGUUCACCAACCAGAUGAUAACGACAGCACCACUUCACGUCCCUCUGGUACAGCAAAGGAAAGCCAGAGGGAGGCACCCGUUAGCGACAGCUUAGAAACCAACAACAACGACACUCAGCUUCAUCCUCAGGGUUCUGAUCAGGCAGGUCAAAGCAACCCUCAGAGUCUUGACAGAAACCCGAAGCUACAGGACGAUAACAGCCCAACCAGAGGCAGCAUUCAGAAACCAAGUGAGUCACGUUCCCCACCUCCUCGGCCACCCCCACCUCAAAUUGUGUCGCAAAGAUCAGCCCCUCCAAUCCAACAACGCAGUAUGCCAGAAAAGAUCGCUUGGAUCAACUUCUCAAAGGGGAAGGGGGAAGAGAGGGGCAGCAGCCUCCUUUCCCGUUUGGGUUCUUCCCUCAGCAUCAGCCCCUCAUCCUCCCCUCCCAAGAGACUCAGCAUCAGCUCCCCCAUUUCCAUCCCCCGGCCCUCCCUGCCCAUGACUCUGCAGUCUCUCUCCUGCUCACCACGUCAGGCUAAGGCCUCACCGUCAUCAAGCCAGGAGGAUGCCCAAUGCCACUUGGCGCUGGAGGACCAGACCAUUGAGAAGGCCGUCAUCAGGGCCAGACUCUCUCAGCGUAAUGCUAGCAGAAACCCAACCCAGGACUCCAGGAGUCCUCCAGACCCUUCAACAACAAGCAAGCAGGUACAUGUGACAGGAGCAGAAGGAGAAGAAGCAGGGGAGGAAUGCAGCGGGGGCGGGCAGCGUCUGAGUGACAUGAGCCUUUCCACGGAUUCCUCAGACUCUCUGGACUUCUCUCAGUCUUCAGUCUUUUUCCUUCCUCCUCUGCAUGAUCCCAGUCCCCCCACCAUGGCUGACUUUGACACCCACCUCCCUCUAUCCCUCCCACCAUCCCACCUGCCUUACUGCAGCAUGGAGGAGGACGACGAUGACGAGGACGAUGAGGAUGAAGAGGAGCACGACUAUGGUGUCAGUCUUGAGAGCGACCAAGACCAAGACCAGGACUUAACGAUGGUGCCACCAGGCCACCGCACGAAGCGCCGCCCCAGCGCCAGUGCUUUAGUCCUGCAGAAGGCGCUGCGAGGGCACCUCCGCAAGAUGAGUGGUGUUUUCAACUCGCUGCUGACGCCGGAGAAGAGGGCGAUCCGCAGGGUGUUGGAACUAUCAAGGGACAAAAGCUCAUACUUCGGCUGCCUGGUGCAGGACUACCUGAGUUACAUGAGUGAGGGUGCGGGCGCCCAAGCUUGGCAGGGCUACGCCUCCGGACUGGAGCUGCUGCAGACUCUCCGUCAGUUCAUCACUCAGAUGAAGAGCUACCUGAGACAGAGCUCUGAGUUGGAGCCACCAAUCGAGAGCCUCAUUCCCGAAGAGCAGAUCGACCAAGUCCUGGAGAAGGCUAUGCACAAGUGCAUCCUGAAGACGCUGAAGCCGAUGGUGAGCGUGGCCCUGCAGGAGUUCCAGGUCCGCAGCGGGGAGUGGCAGGAGCUGAAGGAGAACCUGUCAUUAGCCAAGGCCCGGCUGCCACAGGAAAUGGGCGUGGCUGACACACUGCCCCCGGACCCCGUGGCUAUAGAGAAGAUCAAGCACAAGUUUCACACCAUGACCAAACUGUACUCCCCCGAGAAGAAGGUCAGCGUGCUGCUGAGGGUCUGCAAACUCAUCUACACCAUCAUGGAGGACAACUCAGGUCGUCUGUACGGUGCUGAUGACUUCCUGCCCAUGCUGACCUACGUGUUGGCCCAGUGCGACAUGCCCCAGCUGAACAACGAGAUACUCUACAUGAUGGAGCUACUGGACCCCUCUCUGCUUCAUGGAGAAGGUGGCUACUACCUGACCAGCGCGUAUGGAGCCAUGUCGCUGAUUCAGAACUUCCAGGAGGAGCAGGCGGCCAGAGUGCUGAGCUCUGAAACCAGGAACACGCUCCACCAGUGGCACCGCCGACGCACCACGCAGCGCUCCGCUCCGUCCAUCGAUGACUUCCAGAAUUACCUGCGGGUGGCGCUGCAGGAACUGGACAGCGGCUGCACAGCCAAGACUCUCCAGGUCCGGCCGUAUGCAUCGGUGGAGGAGGUGUGUCGUCUGUGUGCCCAGAAGUUCAAAGUGUCCGACCCCGAGGAAUAUGGCUUGUUCCUGGUGAUGGAGGGCAGCAGCCAGCAGCUGGCGCCGGACACCCACCCUCAGAAGAUCAAGGCGGAGAUCCACAGCCGCUCAGAGGCCACGCCUUUCCACUUCGUCUUCCGCCGGGUAGCCCAGUCUCCAUCUCGCCUCGAUCUUAUACCCAACCUGAACGACCUCGCUGACCCCCUGGACAACCUGCAUGUCCUCAGCAAAGACCAGUCUGCACCCUCCCCCGAGUCCACCCGCAGCUCAGGCCUUAGUCCGACUCUGAGCCUCAGCCUGCCCACCACCCCCCUCAACGGCAACUCUAUUUCUGUAUGACUGUAACAGGGGGCUGAUGGACAUGGGUUUUGUCCCCCAGUAUUGACAGUAUUUCCUGCUAUCUUGAACAAACAAAGGGCAAACGAUGCGUCUUUACAAAGCCUUACUUCUCCAUUUGGAUUUCACCUCAAUUUUGGUCUGUCAGACAGACGAGGGGCAGGCGAAAGAGGAAAAGGAAAGGAGGGAAGGAAACGAGAGGAAAUGAAGUGUAGACAGCUUCAAUGGUUCUGUUUGGCUUCAGAGCAACAGUUACUGAACACUGCCCUCAAAGUCUAAAUUGUUAAGGUAAGAUUUAAAGAUAAAUGUUAAAGACGACAUGAACACUGGCAUGUGUUCAACAGCUCCUCAUCUUCAGGGUCAGCUGUUCCUGUUGUGGGAAAUCAGAUCCCCAAUAUGGGGGGGGGGGCUAGUCUUUGAUCAAUAAUUUUCAAUGUGCAGUGAUUGUUUGUUUAGUAAAUUGGUUUUGAUAUGAUUUAUUUGUAACAGUUGCUGGUCAGCUGUGUUAUCUUGUGUGUGUGUUUUGAAACCGUUCAUUCUUCAGAUCCUUUUAAUUGUUUUGUUGACUUGGGCGACACCCAGUGGUGACUGGUGCACAUUGCAAGAGUUUAUUCAAAUCAUUGUUUACAGUAUGGCCUCAAGCGGGAAAAAUAAGCAUCAAAAUGAAUCCGAGGAAACUGAACUGCACAACCUUAAGCCCCAACACACCAAGGCUACCGUUAUUAGGAAAGAAAAUCAGGUCCUUUGUCUUUUCUUAACCACCAUUAACCAAAAAAAAAAAAACUUCAUAGGGUAAAGCAAAGACGUGAAAAAGAAUUCAUCAGGACAGGUGAGAACAGUGCUAAAAUAAUCCGUGAUAAUGAUGCAACAGAGGAUGUUAUUGACUGUGAGAAAAGAAGAGUUUUUCCUCUCAAAAGCACAGAACGUGAUAGGUUGCUGUCCACUCUAGUCUCUAAGGUGUGGGUUUUAGGUUCAAAUGCAACGUUUUGAUCAAGAUUCAUGCAAUGUAUAAUAUUUAACAUUUUUAUAUAAUACCCUUAAGAAUUAACAUUUUUAAGUAUUGUUCUUGCAUGUAGUUUGUUUUAAAGUGUAAUGUUAGAGACAGACAGGUCUUCAGUGUUUAACAUUCAUGUAAAUAUGUGCUGAUUAUCCUGGGGAUAUUAAAGAUGCUUUAUCACACCUGAUAUACUGCUUGCUUAAAGGGCAUAUUUCCAUUCAAAUCGACAAAAUGUGAGCAACUGUGGCUGCCACAUUACAUUUUCAACAAGUCUCUGUACUACUGACAAAUGUUAAAGGUUUUUAUCCUGAGGAAAAACGGUCAGUAUGGCUCUCGUAGAUAUUUGGACAGAGGUGAGUCUUACUGGGCUAGUCCCACUCUGUACUACAGUCUACAUCAGUUUUGGGCUUAGUACUGUAGAUAAAAAGAAAUACUUGAAAUGUUUUAUGAACUAAAAGGUUCCAGUAGUUGCAAAAUCGCAUUGACAUGCUGUUUAUUUUCUGAGUGUAAUGAACUGUAACACUCCAUUCAUCGAGGUAAAUGUCUACAAUGAGGAGAGGAAUCUUGAAGCGUUGGGCAUUUAUCCUCUGUUUGUAAUGCUUGUAUAUAUGUCUUUGGGGAAAGUGUUCAACAGACUGCCAUGUUAUUGGUCAUAAACAGUUUUCUUUGAUAAAGUGAGUAUUUAUAGGUCUCUGUGCGGGGAUUUUUCACAGAAGCCUUUCUCCAUGUCUAUGAUAUUCUCUAUGGUGUCAUUUGCAUCAAGGUGGCAUCUUUCUGUUUAUUAUUUGUCAUUGAAUGAUAUCGUAAAUAUUCUUUUGCACUUAAUAAAUGUUUGAAAUGGAA